AUGGACCAUGCUCCUGCUGACAAACCAACCGACCCACUGGUGUUUUUCUGCAAUGGUAAAAAAGUUGUGGUUCAUCAUGUGAAGCCAGAACUUACUUUACUCGCCUACCUGCGCACAAAGUUGCGGCUCACUGGUACUAAACUUGGCUGUGGGGAAGGAGGUUGUGGGGCCUGCACUGUCAUGAUAUCAAAGUAUUCUCCAAAGGACAAAACCAUCAGUCACCUCGCUGUAAAUGCCUGCUUGACACCCAUCUGUUCUGUGCAUGGCAUGGCAGUGACAACUGUUGAAGGGAUUGGCAGCACCAAGACUAGACUCCAUCCAGUACAGGAACGUUUGGCCAAGGCCCAUGGCUCGCAGUGUGGUUUCUGCACUCCCGGCAUUGUUAUGUCAAUGUAUACCCUGCUGAGGAACAAUCCCCACCCGACUAUGGAGGAAAUAGAGAGCGCAUUAGAGGGCAACCUGUGCCGCUGCACAGGAUAUCGGUCGAUCCUUCAAGGCUACAAGACAUUCACCAAGGAAGGAUGCUGUGGUGGUGAUACAAACUGCUGUAUGAACAAUGAACAGAAUUAUGCUAAUGAACAGGAGGAAGGGGCAUCCCCAUCCCGGGAGGAACAGCAGACAGAAGAAGUCCAUCCGAGCACGCCCCCUCUGGAAAUUUAUACCCCUCCAGAGGGCGCCCCGAGCAACAAAGAGGCAGCAACAACUCCACACCCCCCUUGCCGAAGAAGAUGCCCCCCCAGCAGAGGAGCCAAGCAACCAAGGACGCUAAGAGGUUUGAACUACGGAGGCCAAGCAUCCCCUGGACGGCGACCACCGUGA